AUGGUCAUCCUAGCUCCUGGUCAGAUGAGGACUGAUUCUUCAACCUUCAGUGGGCUGCUGAAUUAUAGUAACAGUGAUGGUACUGCUGCUGUCAGUAAUGGUCCCAACAUGAGAAGAAUUGUGAUCCUCGGAAAAACUGGAUCUGGGAAAAGCAGUGUUGCAAACACUAUAUUUGAAGAGGACAAGUUCACCGUCUGCCAUGGUUCUGUCUCUGCUGAAAGUCCAUGUGAAGCAAAAACUAAAUCACUAAAUGGAAAAGAAAUCACUCUGAUUGAUACUCCCGGGUUAUUUGAUACAAACAAACCUGAAGAAGCUCUGAAGCCUGAAAUAGUGAAGUGCAUCACAGAGUGUUCACCUGGGCCGCACGCUUUCCUCAUUGUGCUACAACUAGGAAGAUUUACAGAGCAGGAAAACGACAUUGUUAACAAAAUAACCCAAUAUUUCUCUGAAGAAGUGUUUAGAUUUGCAACAGUCGUCUUUACUCAUGGUGAUGACCUCCGAGAAGGGCAGAAAAUCACAGAGUAUUUGAGCCCAAAUGUACUUUUGGAUGAAUUAGUAAAAAAAUGUGGUGGUCGAUGCCAUGUGAUAGAUAAUAAGUACUGGAAAAAUCCCUCAGGUGACCCCUACAGGAGCAACGCUUAUCAGGUGAAAGAGAUACUGAAAUCAGUUGAAGAGAUAGUGAAGGCAAACAAUGGAAACUGCUACACCAACGAGAUGCUGCAAGUAGUAGAGAAACUAAAGCAACAGGAAAAGCAGCGUAUUGCACAGUCCUCCAGAAACCUUUCGGAGAGAGAAAUUGAUGAGAAAGCUAAAAGCAGAGUGUGUGAUAUUUUAGCACGUAUUGCAGCAGGUAUUACAGCAGGUGUACUGCUGGGAGCACUUUUUGGUGUAGUUGCCGCUAUUGGAGCAGUUAUUCCUGGCAUAAAAAUAGCAGCUGACUUAAAAAAAGCUGUAGCCUUUCUAGGAAUAACAGCUGGACCUGCAGCAGAAGCAACAAUAGGUGCAGCAGCUGGAACUGCAGCAGAAGCAACAACAGGUGCAACAGCUGGAACUGCUAGCAUCACAGCAGGAUCAGUACUACUGGGUACAUUUGCAGCUGCUGGAGCAGCAUUUGGUGCAUAUAAAGGAUAUCAGGCAGCAGAGGAAGCAGAAACACCAUGGGAAGCAGCAAAGAAGACGGCAGAAGCUUUGUGGUCUUCAGGAAAGCAUGCCAAAAAUAAAGUUGAAGAAUUUAGCACCAAGUGUCAAAAACUUGGAUAGAAAAUUUAUUAGAUUACACUGUGGUCAAAUGUAAAUGAUAUGUUCUUGAACAGUUCUCUAUCCAAAAUGCAUUACUCUACUUUCAGUCAUUCAUACACUCACUGAUGGUGGCAAGCUACUGGAUAGGAUGGUAGCCACAGCACACAAACACUUGAGGCUGGAAUGCAUCAGUGCCAAAGGGUCCUCUGACCAUCACCAGGACACAGGGGGUCCUGAACCAACAACCCACUGAUUGAGUGACAAACUCCUGUCACCACCAUCGUUCCAAUAAACUAGUCCAACACAAGAUAAAAAGGAAAAAUUAUAAUGUUCAAAAACGUAUUAUUUCCAGAAAUAUUGCUUUUUUAAAAGUUGCAGUGUUCACUGAAAAUAUUCAACCUUCCAGAGGUUAUUAACUUUUUCUAUUUCUUCAUCAUAAUAUAUGUCAUGUGUGUCUCAAUUGUUAUUUAGAUCAGUCUGAUUACAUUGUAUUUGACUUAAAAUGAUCCUUUGUACAAUCUAAUUGUAAAAAGAAAAACCUUUGUAUUCUUAACUUCUGUAUUUUAGUCCUUCAGCAGCAUCAAUAACCACCUAUCAAUGCAUGUCAAAUCAAAUACCUACCAAAAACGUACUCAUCAUUGAUUACACUUUAUAGAAGCUGCAAUUCUGUUCAAAUUAGUAAUAAAAGACCAGUGAUUUCUGUCCAGAUUGAUUUGUCUCUAGUCACAUCCUAAAAAAGAAAUAACAUUUUGAUUGCAUAUUUUAUUGAGGGUCAGCCAUUUUAUAAAGAGGAAGGAACAUUCUUUUUAUUUUAUUUUUUAUUUGUCUUAACUUUUUUCUGAUUGGAAAAAAGGGGGAGUUGUUAUUCAUUAAUAAAUGAUACUCAUCUUCCAUAAUAAAACUUGGAAUUUCAA